AUGGCACGGAGUAUGUUGAAGAGCAAAAAUAUGCCAAAGGUGUUUUGGGCUGAAGCAGUUGCUUGUGCAGUGUAUUUAUCAAAUAGGUGUCACACCAAGAGUAUCCAUGACAAAACACCUCAAGAGGCUUGGAGUGGUUUCAAGCCAAAAGUUGCUCAUUUGCGAGUUUUUGGGAGCAUUGCAUAUGCACGUGUGCCGGAUGAGAAGAGGUCUAAGCUUGAUAAUAAAAGUGAGAGAGAUGCCAUGGAUGAAGAAAUCAUGGCAAUCAAGAAAAAUGAUACUUGGGAAUUAGCCACACUUUCAGAAGAUAAAAGCACCAUUUGUAUCAAAUGGGUGUACAAGUUGAAGAAAAAUUCCAAGGCUCUAAAUCAAUGGAAAAUUCAACAAAUGGAUGUGAAGUCGGCUUUCUUGAAUGGUGUUUUAGAGAAAGAGUUUUACAUUGCAAGGUUGAAGGACAUGAAAAUAAGGUUAUGGAGCUUGAGCACAUGA